GGCGCUGUCGGUUGCCCCGGAAGUGGCCUGAAGAAGAGCCCAGAGUCGGCGGGGCAGGGGGAAGCGGUCCCUCCGGCGUCGGAAGUGACCGGCAGCGGCCGUCGUGGGCAGCGCGCAUGGCGGAGCCCGCGGGCACGGGCUGAGCCCAGCCGGAGGGCGGCCGGUUGGUCGGCCGGGCCCUCGCCCGCCUCGGCGCCCCCUCCUCCCUCCCACGUCCUCCCUCCUUCCGUCCUGGCGGAGCUGGGCCGGGUCGGGGGCGCGGCGGGGCCCGCCGGCGGGAUGAUGCGCUCCCAGUGCCUGCUCGGCCUUCGCGCCUUCCUCGCCUUCGCCGCCAAGCUCUGGGGCUUCCUGCUUUACCUCCUGCGCCGCCAGGCCCGCACCGUGAUCCAGUAUCAGACAGUGCGCUACGACAUCCUUCCCCUUUCCAAAGUCUCACGAGAACGGCUCAAUCAGGUGAAGAGAAAGAUCCUCGUCCUAGACCUGGAUGAGACGCUCAUCCACUCCCAUCACGAUGGGGUCCUGAGGCCCACAGUGAGGCCCGGCACACCCCCCGAUUUCAUCCUCAAGGUUGUCAUAGACAAGCACCCAGUCCGCUUUUUUGUACAUAAGAGGCCACAUGUGGACUUUUUUCUAGAAGUGGUGAGCCAGUGGUAUGAGCUGGUGGUCUUCACAGCCAGCAUGGAAAUCUACGGCUCUGCUGUGGCCGACAAGCUAGACAAUAAUAGGAGCAUCUUAAAGAGGAGAUACUACAGACAGCACUGCACUUUGGAGCUGGGCAGUUACAUCAAAGAUCUUUCCGUUGUACAUAAUGACCUGUCCAGCAUCGUCAUCUUGGACAAUUCACCGGGAGCCUACAGGAGCCAUCCAGAUAACGCGAUCCCCAUCAAGUCCUGGUUCAGUGACCCCGGUGACACGGCCCUUCUCAACCUGCUCCCCAUGCUCGAUGCCUUGAGGUUCACAGCGGAUGUCCGGUCAGUGCUCAGUCGGAAUCUGCACCAGCAUCGCCUUUGGUGACAGCGGCUCCUCCUUUCUUCAGGGUUUGGCCCACAGUCUCUGCCUUAUCCUGCCACCGUGCCCCUCUGCCCUUGCCACCUGGACUCUGGUGACCGUGUUUGGACUCAGCACAGCGGCUGGGAACGGGCUUGGUGCAAACCAGCCUCCCCUCACAUGAGCCCGCGGGCGCCUGCUUCCACUUUGGCCUGUGCCCCCUGCGCACCUUCUGCUCAUCGACCGGCAGGGUGGAGGCCCACAGAGAUAUUGGGGUGGGGGAGAGAACGGCACUGUUGGCGUGGCACCAGCUGCUUGGGGGCAGAUGGGCAAGAAAGGGGGUGAAACAAGCCAGACGCACCCUGGAGUGCGACAGACACUUGGAGACGAGGCUGCGGUUCUCAUUUUAAAGACCUGGCUCCCUGUACCAAGAGCUCCCUUCUCCGGCUUCUUUUUUCCCCUUUUUGACCUUACUUUCCGGAUAAAGACAGAGGCCCCCUUCAUCUGAUAAGGGCUUCUAGA